AGUUCAGCUUCAGGUUAUUUAGUCUCACAUACUGACCUGACGGUUGAGCAGCUCUGUAACACCAGCAAGGCAUAAAAUCUUUACUGGCCUGUGGAAGUUAAUGAUUAUAGUGUUUGACAGCGACAGAGAAGAUCUGAAAAUAGUCCUGCUCUGCUGCUGAAGAAGAGCAGAGAGCGCUUUCACUUCUAUUUUGUGUCAGUGUACUCCAGGCCUUCUUUGACAUGGCCGACCAGGAGCCCAAAGCCAAGCGCUGCAGCAGUAAAGCUGAGGGCUCAGAAGGAGACUGGAGCUGGGUGCUGGUGACUGCCAUGUUCGUCAGCACGGGCCUGGUGUUCGGACUGAUGAGGAGCCUGGGCGUCUUCUUCGUGGAAUUCGUUCAUUACUUUGAGGAGAGCGCUCAGGCCAUCUCCUGGAUCUCCUCAAUAGGCCUGGCAGCUCAGCAGUUCUUCAGUCCUCUGGGUACAGCUCUGUGUAAUGCAUAUGAAACACGGUGGGUGGUGAUGACUGGAGGCUUCCUGGCUGGACUGGGCCUCAUGCUGGCCUCACAGGCCACCUGCCUCCUCCACCUGUAUCUCACCAUGGGUGUCAUUUCAGGUGUGGGCUGGGGGCUGGUCUUCACUCCUAUGAUGGCCACAGUCACUGCCAACAUCAUUAAGCGCCGUGCCUUAGCACUGGGAGUGGGACUCUCCAGCGUUGGCAUUUUCUCCUUCUCUUUCAACCCUUUCUUUCAGUUUCUGGUGGAGACAUACACCUGGAGAGGGGCCUUGCUGAUUCUCGGGGGCCUCAGCCUUAACAUUGUGGCCUGUGGGGCCAUCAUCCCUCUGAGAAGACGCCCUAAGUCUUUAGAAAAGGUGGAGCAGAAGGUCAAUGCCAAGGGCAGGUCUUCGUGUUCUACGAUCCUCAAACAAGCCUCCACCUACCUGGAGCUUUCACUGCUCUUGGAAAGGCCUUAUCUCACCUAUGUCGCCGCUGUCAGUUUUGUGAACUUUGGUUACUUUGUGCCAUACUUCCACCUGGUGGCCCUCAGCCGCCACGCUGGUUUCUCUGACUAUCAAGCUGCAUUUGUCAUGUCAGCCACGGGAGUGGCAGACAUCCUCGCCCGUGUGAUGUCAGGCUGGUUCUCCGACCUGGGACGCUUUCGGCAGAUCCAUUUGCUGAGCCUGUGGGUCACACUGGCGGGAGUGUUCAUCAUGUUCCUGCCUGUGAGCUCACUGUCUGGUUCUUAUGUUGCACUCUUGGUUGUUAGCCUCUUCUACGGCUUCUGUGCCGGGGCUUUGACCUGUGUGUGCUUCUCCGUGGUGCCAAUGAUAGUGGGCGUGGAGCGAGUGAUGGGGGCCAUGGGGCUGCUGCAGCUCAUCGAGAGCGGCGCCGGCCUGCUGGGGACUCCUCUGUCAGGAUGGCUCAAGGACAUCACAGGCAACUACACUGCCUCUUUCAUGGUAACAGGCAGUUUUCUCAUUUUUGGGACUCUGACUUUGGCCACUCUUCCUCACUACUUCUCCUGUAGAGAUCCUCCACCCGUGCAAAGACAUUCCCAUAAUGGCAAGAAUGUGACCUCAUGUUCAGAGUUGGAGCAGCUCCGUAAUGCUAACACAAGUAAUGGAGGAGCUUUAUGACCUGGCUGCAGAAGCCUGAAUAGAGUGUUGGUUCAGAGAUCAUCACCUCCUUUAAGUCUACAAUUGCACAAAGAAAUGCAGAGUUGCUGCAUGUUCAAAUGAUACCUCAGUGACUCAGACCAAAAAGGCCUCUCUCCUUGUGCUUGGAAAUUAUUCCUUUUUUUCUCUGCACACACAUGAAGUUAGCACAACAGGAUUGUAGGCAAGAGAGGAAAAUGCAAUUAUUUUACCUGUCAAGACCAGUAUAUAUUUUAAUAUGUACACUUGUAUGUUUUUUUUUACCUUAAUUUCAGGCACAGAUCAUUUUAAUGAAUCACAUUUUAUCGACCAUGAAAACAUGGCCGUGAAUACUACAGUGUCAAACUGAUGGACAUGAACCCUGACACUGGAUAUCAGGCUUUUCUGAUUACCUAAUCUGAAUACAGGACAGAUCACAGUGAACCUUAAUCUAACAGCCAGGACUCGACAAUACGGACCAAAGAUCAUAUUAUCUCUAUAUUUUUCUACUAGUGACUCAACUGAAGGUAAAAUCAUGUUCAUAAUGGCCAGUUAAAGUCUAACUUGCCCCAUUGACAUACAAAAAGAAACAUUUUAGGAAAUAAACACUAUUUUGGAGGACUGAGUGCCAAGAUUAAAUAAAUUAAUACAUCAUGAAAUAAUGACUGAAAUAUUAAUGUCAUUAAAUAAUUUUAAUUGAGGAUUAUAAUUAUUGAUUUUAUUACAUUUUGUUACUAUCAGUCAUAGUUCAUAAAUUAAUGUUAUCUGUCAAACUUACCCAUCAUAGUCAGUGUGCGGGGCUAAGGCUAAUAUAGUCUUAUCCAUUGGUCUGAAGUAGCAUUCCUGGAGAAACAUGAUAGAGGACUAUCAUGAACUUGGGAAUAUGAGACAUUUUAGACGUAGCAGAGGCUGUGGAAGACAGACCUGCCAAACCCACAGCAUGUAGCAAAUAUAGCACCUCAACACCAGUAUGUCUUAAAGCAAUAUGGGUACAUUCUUAAUAUUUAUCUCCAACAGUUCAUUCAAAUGCUGCACAUGAGGAAAUAAACACAAGAUCUAAUUCUCUAA